ACGUGACGUCACAAGAAACUACGCCACAAGAUGGCAGAAAUGUGACAUGAAGUAUGUCUUGCUGCCGUAAAACCUUAGUCGAAGUGGGGGAAAAAAGGCAACUCAAAAAAGGAUAAGCUACAAGAUAAUUUCAAAAUGUUGAAAGAGUUGGUGAAGGAGCGACUAAUGGCGGCAGCCAAUGAAAUAUUCAGGCUGUUUGAAAGAACGAUAGCGUCGUACGAGGAGGAAUUGGAACGAACGAUAGCAUCUUACGAGGAGGAACUUGACAAAACAAUAGCGUCCUACGAGGAGGAACUUUCUCGCGCAGGAGAGGAAAACAAACGGAAACGCCAACAACUGGAAGCUGUUUACAAGACGCAACACGUUGCAGAAACGUGCAGCCCCAGUGAAGAGGAACUUCUCCCUCAGCCGCAGGGGGGUAGCCCUACCUUGGAGCAGAAAGAUCCACAGCCCCGCCACAUCAAAGAGGAACAGGAGGAAGUUUGGCCCACUCUGGAAGGACAGUGUCUUCUUACUGGUGUCUCCGUAAAGACUGAAGACGAAACACAAGCAGACAGCUUCUUAGCUCCACUAUCGGACAGUGACGACACAACAUCACACUCUCCUGAGGCUGAAGACCAGGACAACGCCCAAGAACCUUUGAGCAGCGAUAUAGACUUUGAAGGUGAAAUGAGGACUCACAUAGACAUAAAACACCCCGAAUUCUCUGAAAAAAAGACACAAAGGAAAUGUUUAGUCUGCUCAAUUUGUGCUAAAAGCUUUCCUUACGAGAGCCAUUUGACUCUACACAUGCGGACACACACUAGAGAAAAACCCUACAGAUGCUCAGUUUGCGGUAAAGGAUUCUCUCAAAAGGGAAAUAUGGCAGCACACAUGACAACGCAUACAGAAGACAAACCUUUUAGUUGCUUAGUUUGUGAUGAAAAAUUCUCUAGAAAGUCAUAUAUGGUAUUACACAUGAGAACUCACACUGGAGAAAAACCUUUUAGUUGUUCAGUUUGUGGUCAAAGAAUAUCAAGAAAGUCAAAUAUUCUGUCACACAUGAGAACGCACACAGGUGAAAAACCAUUUUGUUGUUCUUACUGUGAUAGAAGAUUCUCUCAUAAGAUAUCAGUGGUAAAACACAUGAAAACGCACAUUAGAAAAAAAGUUUGAUGUCUAAGUUUUUGGUGAAAGUUAUUCUUGUUUGACAGCAAACAUCUCACGACAGAGAUGUUUACUGGCUAGUGCUAAAAUCAUAAAACUGUAAUGUCACAAUACCGUAAAUUCCGGACUAUAAGCCGCUACUUUUUUCCUACAGUUUGAACCCUUGGCUGAUAAAACGGUGCGGCUAAUUCACGGAUUUAUCUUUGCUGACGGCCAUGUAAAUAGUUAAAAAAUACCAAGCAAACACACUGAAAAAGUGUGUUAUUGUUUGUGCUAUGGUGCUAUCUUUUUGGUGAGUUCGCUCACUGCAGGUGCUGCAGUGUCCUUCCAUUUAGUGCUUUCAUCCGGAAGUAGAAUUGCCGUUCUCUCUUCAAGUCGUCCAUAGCAUUUCUACUCGUAUGGAUUCUUCAUUCAUCACUCCAAGCAACGUUUUACAAUAUAACUAAAACUGUUUAUACUUACUAAAGCGUCCCAUGUGUGCAGUCUAGGAGUUUUUUCAUGCAUAUUUGUAUUGGCAACACUAAAUUGUACCUAGUGUGUGAAUGUUGUCUGUCUAUCUGUGUUGGCCCUGCGAUGACGUGGUGACUUGUCCAGGGUGUACCCCGCCUUCCGCCCGAAUGCGGCUGAGAUAGGCUCCAGCAACCCCCGCGACCUCGAAAGGCAAGCGGUAGAAAAUGGAUGGAUAUGUGGGUUUUUCAAUAGGAAUAAUUUCAAAUAAUGUAUUUUAUUAUCAUUUCAUGGACACAGUGUUGUGUCCAUGAAAGAUUACAUAACAAAUUAUGACAGAAACUUUGAAAAGACAAGCAUACAAAUAAAACAUGAAUGGUUUGACUGUUCUUUCAGAUCAAAGUCGUCUGGUUUUAAAUGAUGACACAAAGUCUCUCCUCCCGAGUGCUGCUGCUCAUGGGUGCCUCCUCUAUCGUGUAGAAACACAAAGAAAUCCAUCUGAACAAGUCUCUGUUCUCUAUAUUUAUGUAGCUCCAUCUCAGGUACACUGCAAAUUAUUUGCCACAAGAUUAAAAAAAAAAACGUUUUGAGAAAUGCUCCUAUAUUUUUAAAAGCUAUGUACUUACUUUAUCAAUCAAUC